CGCGUCCUCCGUGUACUCCCCCGCAGCCUGCUCCUGCUCUAGAGUACGUCGCGUUGCACCGUGCCCUCCAAAGCAGACAGCUCUUGAGCGUCACCGUGCACCGGCGCAAGCUCUUCCUUGGUGCCUACGCGCGCAUUCCUGGUCGUGAUGAUGAAGACGAGCGGUCUCGCCGCCCGAGUUCACCACGCUCGUCUUCUUCUCCUCCUCGCGGCCGUCUUGCUGCUCGCCGCCACGGCUGAUGGCAUCAGACCAGGCCCCCAUGACCAUGCACGGCCGGGGCAGGCGCCUGGUGCGGCGACGGCGACGGAGGAGAAGGGGUUCCUGCAGGAGGAGGUGUACGGGACGGGGUCGAGCCUGCCGGACUGCACGCACGCGUGCGGCGCCUGCAAGCCGUGCAACCGCGUGAUGGUCAGCUUCAAGUGCUCCAUCGCCGAGCCCUGCCCCAUGGUCUACCGCUGCAUGUGCAAGGGCAAGUGCUACCCCGUGCCCUCCAGCUAGCUCAUCUCAGCUCAGAUGAUUUCCCCCGCGCACGCACACACGGCUGAUGCAGAUCGAUGGAGGGAGCAGACAGCAGAGUGAUAUGCGGAUCUUGUUAUGCGUGGAUUUUGUAUGCUGGUGUUCUAUCACCAUGGUAUGAUGCAUCUCUUUUGUAAAUUAUUAUGACUCGGGGGACUAGCUGGCUGGCUAGUCCGUGCACUGAGAAGGUUGAUUUCUCAGCUAGUGGUUUUGGAGCACAUGAAA